AUGCGUUCGUCAAACCACGAAGCAGAUCCACUCGCUACCCUGCGUUCCUUGCUGCAGGAUGACGAGAUUAUCACGCCGGAUUCCUUUAAUUACGAGGCCAGCGUCCAGACCUGGGCUGCACAAAAGGACGCAAAGCCCCGCCUGGCACUCCGACCCACCUCCACCAAGUCGCUCAGCAGGGUGCUUGCCUACCUGUACAGAAGCACGCUGGAAUUUGCCAUCUACGGCCAAGGGUACAGUUCCGCCUCAGCUAGAGAUGUCGUGGUAAAUACGUCGGGCUUCGACGACUUUCACUUCGACGCACAGGGAGAGGUGGUGACUGUUGGUGCUGGACAGACAUGGUCGGACGUCUAUCGAAAGCUCGCUGCUGCGGCGCCGGAGUAUGGCGUCGUGGGCGCCCGGACCCCUUGUGUCGGCGUCGCCGGAACCAUCAUCAAUGGGGGCUACUCGUGGGUUUCCAGCGAGUUUGGCUGCAUCUCUGACCCGGGUAACAUGCUGGACGCCAAGGUUGUCAAGUAUGACGGAUCUGUGGUGUGGGCGUCAACGGAGCCGGAGUUACUCUGGGCACUGCGCGGGGGCGGUGGCGGCUUUGGGGCCCUGGUCCAGGUCAAGCUCCGGGCUUUCCCCUACCCCCAGGAUAUCUGGGCCGGUCCCAUUCUGGUGCCCAGGGAAAGGUUGGAAGAAGUCGCGGAGGGCAUCGAGAACUUUCUUUCCCGACCGGUUAGUCCCAGGAUCACCAUGUUCCUGUACGUGGUGAAGGGACUCCUGCUGGAGUCGAUUGGCACGGACGAGGACAUGCUGGUCAUCCAUGCAUUCGACGCCAAUGGGGAAGAGCACGGCCGAGCCAACUUCCGAUGGGCGUUGGAUAUCCCCGGCGCCAUCGAUCAGACCAAGAUUACGACUCUUGCCGGGGUGGCAAACCUGCAAGACAAAGCCGGGAUUGUUAAAGGAACUAUGAAGCAGUUCUGGCAACCAUUGCUGCUCAAGGACAUCUCGAAGGACAUCGUUAUCAAGGCUUUCAGAUGGUUCGCCGAGAUUCGAGAGAUCGAUCCCUCACUAGGUGAUUGCACCUAUCUGAUCUUCGAACUCUUAAGCUCGAGUGACCCAGUGGGCGGUCUGUCUGGUUCUGCGUGGCCGAGACCCAGUGGUACGAAGCAUAUCCUUCUCCUCGGCACCGGAUGCCCUGCGGAUGCCAGUCCUGCUCAGGAGAAGCUGGCUCGCGAUCUCGCCAUCCAUGCCCCCUCCAGCGUACUUGGGGAUCAUGCGGAGGUCUACGUGCUCCCAAAUGGCCUUGAGGACUAUCAUGAUACGACAAAGAUCUGGGGUCCGCAUGCUGCCAGAUUACGGGAACUGCGGAGACGCUAUGACCCGCAAGGAAGGUUCAAGGGAGCUAUUGGUGUGCAGACUCACUCAGAGUAA